AUGAGCCAGAGGCGAGAAGUGGCAGACAUGCCCACUGGUGCCAGCCCUGGCAUGUCCCUCCAGAGGCGGAGGGCAUCCUUCAGGGGAACACAGUCGUUGUCUUCCCUGGAGAGCCCCCAGGCCUCCAGGGCCAGUAUCAUGGGUGGCCUGGUACAAGCUCCCGGGGUCUAUGUAGGGACGGUGCCCACUGGGGGCUUAGGUGGCCUGGGUGCCCGCGUGACCCGCCGGGCCCUGGGCAUCAGCAGUGUCUUCCUGCAGGGCCUGCGGAGCACAGGCCUGGCCCCGGCACCUGAUCCCGGCCUGGAGAGGAACCACAGUGCUGCCGAGGACCUGGGGCAAUGCCUAGUGGAAUAUGCAGCCAAGGUGCACACCCUGGAGCAGGUCAGCCGGGAGCUGGAGGCACAACUGCGCAUGCACCUGGAGAGCAAGGCAGCAAUGGCAGGAGGCUGGGGCGCCCUCCGGGCCUCCUGGGCCAACAGCUGCCAGCAGGUGGGCGACGCAGUCCUGGAAAACGCCCGGCUCCUGCUGCAGACGGAGAACCUCCAGGCGGGCGCCGACGACUUGAAACAGAGAUAUGAAAAUGAGAAGCCAUUUCGAAAGGCAGUGGAAGAGGAAAUUAACUCUUUGUAUAAAGUCAUUGAUGAAGCUAAUUUCACAAAAAUGGAUCUGGAGAGUCAAAUAGAAAGCCUAAACGAAGAACUUGGCUUUCUGUCGAGGAACUAUGAAGAGGAUGUGAAGUUGCUGUACAAACAGCUGGCAGGGUCUGAGCUGGAACAAGCAGAUGCUCCGGUUGGCGCUGGUCUGGACGACAUCCUUGAGACGAUCAGGAUUCACUGGGAGCGAGACGUUGAAAAGAACCGGGUGGAGGCAGGAGCCUUGCUGCAAGCCAAGCAACAGGUGGAGGUGGCCCGCGUGACCCAGACCCAGGAAGAGAAGCUGGCUGCUGCCCUCAGGGUGGAGUUACACAACAUUUCGUGCCAAGUCCAGAGCCUCCAGGCUGAGACAGAAUCCUUCCGGGCCCUGAAACGUGGCCUGGAGAACACCCUGCAUGAUGCCAAGCACUGGCACGACAUUGAGCUUCAGAACUUGGGUGCUGUGGUUGGCCGGCUGGAAGCGGAGCUCAGGGAGCUCCACGCAGAGGUGGAGCAGCAGCAGAAGGAGCGAGAGCAUCUGUUGGUGCAUGAGAGCCAGCUGCAGAAGGACAUUGCAUCCUACCAUGCCCUGCUGGACAGGGAGGAGAGAAGCUAAUGAAGAAACGUCCUCAUUUCAUGAAGAAAAUGCUGCCUCUUCACCAAGUGAUGAGUGAAGUUGCUUAAGUAGCUUUCCCUGGAGCAUCAGUCCCUGCAGGAUUUCCCAGUUGAUCCAGCUUGAGCUGAAAAGCUUCCUGGAAGUGGAAAGGGUCGUUCUGCCUUAAU